GGUGCUCGCGCGUGCGGGCUUUCGGGAGAGCGGUGCAGUCCCCGCGUGCGGCGCAGCUGCGAUGCUGACCCCCGCGUUCGACCUCAGCCAGGACCCCGAUUUCCUGACGGUCGCCAUCCGCGUGCCCUACGCCCGCGUCUCGGAGUUCGACGUGUACUUCGAGGGCGUGGACUUUAAGUUCUACGCCCAGCCGUACUUUCUCAGAUUAAAUCUUCCUGGAAGAGUUGUAGAAAAUGGAAGUGAGCAGGGAUCCUAUGAAGCAGAUAAAGGAAUUUUUACCAUUCGAUUGCCCAAAGAAACUCCUGGCCAACAUUUUGAGGGGCUGAACAUGUUAACUGCUCUUCUUGCACCAAGAAAAUCCAGGACAGCCAAACCACUUGUGGAAGAAAUAGGUGGUUCUGCGGUUUCUGAAGAUGUGGUUGAAGAUGAUGAUGAGGAGUUUGAUUGGGACAUUGAGCAGACCCCCUAUGAGGAGGUGCCAGACAGUGCUUUGAACCGGCAGUGCUACUAUGGAUUUGGAAACCUGCGAUCGGGAGUGGUUCAGCGGUUGCAGGAUGAAUUGAGCGAGGUUAUUGAUGUUAAAGAUCCAGAUUUCACGCCUGCUGCUGAGCGAAGGCAGAAACGCCUGGCUGCUGAGCUGGCAAAAUUUGAUCCAGAUCAUUAUCUAGCUGACUUCUUUGAAGAUGAGCCAAUUGAACAAGUUUUGAAGUAUAAUCCUUGGUGGAAUGAUAUGUACUCAAAAAUGAAGGCCUCUUUGGGAAAGAGUCAGAAGCCAGAAGAUCAUGCUGCAUUAGUGUCUUUUUCAGAAGAGGAGAAAUACCAGCUACGUAAAUUUGUCAAUAAAUCUUACCUGCUGGACAAGAAAGCUCACUGUCAGGUGUACUAUGGUUUAAUUGAUAUCCUGCUGGCAUAUUGCUAUGAAAUGCGUGUCACUGAAGGAGAGAGGAAUGUCGAGUCUGCAUGGAAUGUCAGAAAGCUAAGUCCAACACUAUGCUGGUUUGAGACUUGGAUGAAUGUUCACGAGAUCCUGGUGUCUUUUGCAAGAAGAGUGCUAUGUUACCCGCUUUACCGCCACUUCAAGCUGGUGAGAAAGGCCUGCACGGACACCACAAAGAUACUGCAGCUAGGUAAGAGUGCAGUUUUAAAGUGUCUCUUGGAUAUUCACAAGAUUUUUCAAGAAAAUGACCAAGCUUAUAUUUUGAACGAUCUUUACAUCUCAGACUAUUGUGUGUGGGUCCAGAAAACCAAGUCCAAAAAGCUGAGUACUCUUGCAGAAGCCUUGAAAGAAGUCUCCCUCACGAAGGCCCAGCUGGGGUUAGAGCUGGAGGAACUGGAGGCAGCAGCGCUUCUUGUCCAGAAGGAAGAAACAUCAGGAAAAGCUGGCAGAUCAAGUCCUGGCCCCUGCCCCGAGAGCAGCGAAGAAUCCACGGGAGAAUCCGAGGCGGAAGAAUCAUCAGAGGCAGAAGAGUCAUCGGAGGGGGAAGAAUCAGACAGCUCUUCAUCCUGUGAUGGCAAGGACGCGGCUUUAGAGGGAGACCAGCCACGGCUCGGCCAGACAGAGCCCAUUAUUUCUUUGCAAGGCUCCUCUCCGGGGGCGGGUAUGAGCACCCUACUUCUCAGCGAUGGCCAGGUCCGCGAAAACACAGUCUGGCAGGACUCUGUCCUCAGCCAGGGUCAACUGAUGGCCUGUUCUGGGGCCCCCCGGGAGCGCAGACCAUUGAUUCAGGAGCUUGGGGAUCAGCUGAGCAGCACCCUUCAGGUUUCCACAGCCCGGGACAGCACAGCAGAAUGCGGGACAGAGGUGGGGACGGGUGACCCUUGAGCCCACGUGGGUUGUUCACUGUGGGGACUUAGGGCAGCAUUCGCUUCUGCUGUUAACUGCCUUUCACUGGAUGCAUUUCAGCACAUGUAUCCUAUGUUAUUUGUCAGUGAGCUACUCUUACAUUACUCAUACCUUGGGUUUCUUGUUAUAUCUUGAAAAAUAAAGUUCUUAAAGAACUUUUUCCGAAGUGUAACUGUGCUAAGCACUCCACAAUGCAGAGCCCAGUGCUGGCUUUUAGCUUUUCAGUGGUAUACUGACCAUGUGAGAAAGUAGUCAUAUUUGAGGUGUGAGGAGUGUUUAUCUAUGAAUACACCAGAUAAAACAUCACCAUAACCCAGGUCAUGACCUUGUCCAUCAUCUCCAGGGGUGGAGGGGAAGGGCUUUCUUAUCUGUCCCUCCCUUCUAGCCAAAAACCAUCCACUUGCACCCCCUGGGCUGCCACUGAUCUGCUUUGUGUUCAGUGCAAUGACUUGCAUUUCCCAGAUCUUACAUAAAUCGAAUCUUGCAAUACGUGUUAUUGUAUCAGGUCAGUAUUUCACUCCAAGUAGUUAUUUUGAGAUUGAACCUAGUGGCAGCCUGUUUGUUUUGUGUUGUGUUUUCAUUGCUGAGUAUUAUUUCGUUGAAUACACCUACUGGGAUUCACCUACUCUGGGCAUCUGAGUUGUUUCCAGUUUUGCACGGUUGCAAAUAAAGCUGCUUUGAGCAUUUGUGUACA